AUGGCGUCUCCUCUCCUCCUGCUCCUCCUCGUCCUGUCCGUGUUGUGUGUGUGCGGCAGCGCUGAGGUGAACACCAGUGCUAAGCAGAGCUGUAUGGUGAAGGUGGAGUGCUCCGAAGGGAUUCUACUUCCUGUUUGGCUCCCUCACAACCCCCCGCUGCCCCAGCAGGUGAUUCGGGCUGUGAUCUACUUCCUGUUUCUGCUGUACAUGUUCCUGGGCGUGUCCAUCAUUGCUGACCGCUUUAUGGCCUCCAUCGAGGUCAUCACCUCACAGGAGAAAGAGGUGACCAUUACAGGGCCAAAUGGGGAACAGACAGUGAUAAUGGUACGGAUAUGGAACGAAACUGUAUCCAAUCUCACUCUGAUGGCCCUUGGCUCCUCCGCUCCAGAGAUCCUCCUGUCAGUUAUAGAGGUAUGUGGGCACGGCUUCAAAUCGGGCGAGCUCGGCCCUGGCACGAUCGUGGGCAGUGCUGCCUUUAACAUGCUCAUAAUCAUCGCAAUCUGUGUGUUUGUAAUCCCGGAUGGUGAGGUGAGGAAGAUCAAACACCUGCGUGUGUUCUUCAUCACCGCCUCCUGGAGUAUCUUUGCCUACAUUUGGCUCUACCUUAUUCUCUCCGUCAUGUCCCCGGGCAUUGUUGAGGUGUGGGAAGCCCUGCUCACCCUCUUGUUCUUCCCCGUUUGUGUCCUGAUGGCAUGGAUUGCAGACCGACGGCUCCUCCUCUACAAAUAUCUUCAUCGGCGAUACCGUUCCGACAAGCGCCACGGCAUCAUUGUGGAGACGGAGGGCGAUCUGGCACCCAAUGGCAUUGACAUCAUCAUGGAGGGGAAAUUUCAUGGCAAUGCCAAUGGUGGCCCUAGCAACGUCAACAACAUGGAGAAAAGCAAAGACCCUGAGCAAGACCGUGAGGAGGUGAUCCGGUUGCUACGUGACCUGCGACAGCAACAUCCUGAGAAAGACUUGGACCAGUUGAUUGAGAUGGCCAACUAUUCGAACCUGCAAAAGCAACCCAAGAGUCGUGCGUUUUACCGCAUACAGGCGACACGCAUGAUUAUUGGAGCUGGAAAUGUGUUAAAGAAGCAUGCUGCAGCAGAACAGGCCAAACGUAUGAACACCGGCUCCAAUGAUGAUCUACUGACUUGCGCACGUGUGGCCUUUGAGCAGGAUCAUUAUCGCUGCAGCGAAAACUGUGGCCAGUUGAGUGUAUGGGUUAUACUGUGGGGAGGCAGUGGCUCCGGAACAUUCCAGGUGGACUACCGGACUGAAAAUGGCUCAGCCAGCGCCGGAGUGGAUUACGAUUACUGUGAGGGAAUGCUAGAGUUUCAACCUGGAGAUACACGCAAAGAAAUAAAGAUUGGUAUCAUAGAUGAUGAUGUUUUCGAGGAAGACGAGCAUUUCUUUGUUCAUCUCUCAAACCUGCGUGAGUCAGGGGUCGAAGCCACAGAGGCCGUCCAACUGGUGGAACCAGUGGUUGCCACGGUAACAAUUCUGGAUGAUGACCACGCUGGCGUGUUUUCAUUUGGGCGGCGCGAGAUCCUUGUUGCUGAGUGUGGGGGUUUCGCUGAGGCAACUGUCACUCGGGAGACGGGAACACGGGGCACUGUGGUCAUCCCGUUUCACACUGAGGAUGGAACGGCGCGCAGUGGAGUCGACUACCAACAAACACACGGCGAACUGGAGUUCAACAAUGAGGAGAACUGUAAGACAAUUCAGGUGCCAAUCAUCAAUGUCCAGGAACUUGAUAAGCGAGAAAACUUUUACAUCAUCCUCAAAGAACCUCGGUGGCUCAAGAGAGGAAUUUCAGGUACUCCCAGUGCUGAGCAGGAAGAGGCGAGGAGGAUCGCUGAGAAGGGGCGGCCGGUUCUGGGGGAACACAGCAAGUUGGAGGUCAUUAUUGAAGAGAGUAUGGCCUUUAAGGACACAGUCGAUCGUCUGUUAAAGGACACUAACCUGGCUGAAGUGAUUGGAACACACUCAUGGAGAGAACAGUUCAUUGAGGCUGUCACUGUUAGUGCAGGAGAGAACGAUGAGGGUGAAGGGGGCGAGCCACGCCGGCCGUCCUACUGCGAUUACUUCAUGCACAUGAUGACGGUGUUCUGGAAGCUGAUAUUCGCCUUUGUCCCGCCCACUGGGUACUGGAAUGGCUGGGCCUGCUUCAUUGUCUCCAUCUCCGUCAUUGGCCUCCUCACGGCCGUCAUCGGAGACCUGGCGUCUCACUUCGGCUGCACCGUGGGGCUACGGGACACCGUCACGGCUGUGGUGUUCGUCGCCCUCGGCACCUCCAUCCCUGAUACCUUUGCAAGUAAGGUCGCGGCGGUUCAGGAUCAGUACGCCGACGCCUCGGUGGGAAACGUGACCGGCAGCAACGCCGUGAACGUCUUCCUGGGGAUCGGUGUGGCCUGGUCCAUCUCAGCAAUCUACUGGGAGGUCAAAGGUCAGUCGUUCCACGUGGAGCCAGGCUCGCUGGCCUUCUCUGUUACACUCUUCACCAUCUGCGCCUUCGUCAGCAUGGGCGUGCUCAUGCUGCGGCGCCGCCCCUCUGUGGGCGGAGAACUGGGUGGGCCUAAAGUCUUCAAAAUCCUCACGUCCAUGCUGUUCACCUGCCUGUGGCUCUUCUACAUCACCGUCUCCAGCCUGGAGGCGUACUGCCACAUCAAAGGCUUCUGA